AUGUCUACCGCUACCCCCGACAAGGCCGCCGCGCCCGUGCUCGAGAAGAAGCCCGUCAAGUUCAGCAACCUGCUGCUCGGCGCUGGUUUAAACAUGUUCGAGGUCACCACACUGGGUCAGCCGCUGGAAGUGAUCAAGACAACCAUGGCCGCGAACCGGGGCGACAGCUUCGCCGGUGCUAUGGGUCGGAUUUGGGGCCGUGGCGGGAUCCUCGGUUACUACCAGGGACUCAUUCCGUGGGCCUGGAUUGAGGCCUCCACAAAAGGUGCCGUGCUCCUCUUCGUCGCCUCGGAAGCCGAGUACCAUGCCCGCAGUUUCGGCGCGAACGAUUUCAUCGGUGGUAUUAGCGGUGGUAUGGCCGGUGGUAUCGCCCAGGCCUACGCCACCAUGGGCUUCUGCACCUGCAUGAAGACCGUCGAGAUCACCAAGCACAAGAUGGCCGCUGCCGGCGUCAAGCCCCCCAGCACCUUCGCCACCUUCAUGGACAUCUACCGUAAGGAGGGUAUCCGGGGUAUUAACCGCGGUGUGAACGCUGUCGCCAUUCGUCAGACUACCAACUGGGGCUCCCGCUUCGGUCUGUCCCGUCUGGCGGAGUCGGCGAUCCGCAAGGUCACCCAUAAGGAGGAGGGCCAGAAGUUGUCCGCUUGGGAGAAGGUGCUUGCUUCCGGUCUCGGUGGUGGUCUGUCCGCUUGGAACCAGCCCAUUGAGGUUAUUCGCGUCGAGAUGCAGAGCAAGACCGAGGACCCCAACCGCCCAAAGAACCUGACUGUUGGCAAGACUUUCAAGUACAUCUACGAAUCUAACGGCCUGAAGGGUCUUUACCGCGGUGUCGCGCCCCGUAUUGGCCUGGGUGUCUGGCAGACUGUCUGCAUGGUGGCUCUUGGUGACAUGGCCAAAGAAGCUGUUGAGAAGCUGACUGGCGACACUGUCACCGCGAAGCACUAG